AUGCCUAAAUCCCCAAAAUUUGGGUACCCCGGAGGAGCCGUGAUGCCGAUUUUCGACGCGAUAUACCAGUCAACUGACUUUGACUUUAUUCUGCCUCGUCAUGAACAAGGAGCAGGCCAUAUGGCAGAGGGAUACGCCCGUGCGACCGGAAAGCCCGGUAUCGUCUUAGUCACUUCUGGCCCCGGCGCCACCAAUACUGUCACGGCACUCAAUAACGCAUUUAAAGAUGGGACGCCAUUGUUAGUGUUCUCGGGUCAGGUCCCAACGGAUGCUGUCGGCUCCGAUGCUUUUCAAGAGAUGGAUAUUGUGAGCAUCACACGGCCCUGUACGAAAUGGUCUGCUAUGGUGACAGAUAUCAAGUUUCUCCCACAAUACAUCAGCCAUGCCUUCAACGUGGCUACAAGUGGAAGGCCCGGACCUGUCUUGCUAGAUAUGCCGAAGGAUAUCACCGCGGCCACAAUACAGGAGCCAAUAUGCUUGCCGAAACUCUCAUCUGCAGUUGAAGAAGAAAACCCCGAGGAUUCCCUUGACCGACAUAUCAAGAAAAAGCUACGAGAAGAAACCAUCCAGCGCUGUGCACAACUCAUCAACCAAUCCCAGAAACCGGUCAUCUAUGCUGGACAAGGUGUUGUAUCCUCUGCACUUGGCCCGACACUUCUACGCCAAUUAGCCGACAAAGCUUGUAUUCCCGUCACAACCACACUGCUUGGCCUUGGUGCUUUUGACGAAUUCGAUGUGAAGUCGUUACAUAUGCUAGGGAUGCAUGGGGCUGCAUAUGCCAAUCAAGCAAUGCAGAAAGCGGAUUUGAUUAUCGCCUUAGGGGCUCGCUUUGAUGAGCGAGUCACUGGCAAUGUUGCAAAGUUUGCACCUGCAGCGAAGGCUGCAGCGGCAGCAGGCAAGGGUGGAAUCGUUCACUUUGAUAUCAGUCCCAAGCAAAUCAACCGAGUUGUCCAUGCUACCGAGGGUGUUGAGGGAGAUAUUCAAGAGAGCUUGACAGAUCUUUUGCCUUUCGUGAGCGCAGUUUCCCACCGCCCAAAAUGGUUUAACCAGAUCGAAGAGUGGAAAAAAAGACACUCGCUUCUCUCACUGGACACGCACCACAAGGCAUUGUCAAACGAAAAGACCGAUCCGCAAGUCUUAAUCGAAAGGCUCAGUCAAAUGACCCACCACCUUCGUGAUGAGACUAUAAUUACUACUGGAGUGGGCCAGCACCAGAUGUGGGUAGCCCAACACUACAAGUUUACGCCUUCUCGUCGUCUGAUUGCCUCUGGUGGUGCCGGAACAAUGGGAUUCGGUCUGCCUGCUGCUAUAGGAGCUAAAUUGGCUUAUCCAGAAUCUCUGGUGAUCGAUAUUGACGGGGAUGCAUCAUUCAACAUGACUUUGGCCGAACUUAGCACAGCCGUCCAGUACAAUCUUGGAGUGAAGGUACUUUUGCUGAAUAAUGGGGAGCAGGGAAUGAUUACACAGUUGCAGAAUAUGUUUUAUAAGAAGCGCUAUUGUCACGCGACCCAGAAGAAUCCGGAUUACGUUGCCCUUGCGGUUGCGAUGGGGGUGGCUGCGCAGCAGUUAAGUGACUAUACGCAGAUAGACGAGAAGCUCCAGUGGCUACUUGACACGGAGGGGCCUGCAUUACUUGAUGUGAUCAUCGAGCCUAAUAUGCCUCUCUGGCCAAUGGUUAUCCCAGGAGCGUCGUUGGAUGAGAUGUUUCUGUCGGACAAGGUCCAAAUGACCGAUGACAAGAAGUGA